AUGCCAACCCCUCGGGCAUCCUAUCUUUGCACGCCCUCCCCAGUGUCCGAACUCGAGCCACUAGCCGCUGAAACAGUGGACGCGUGUCAAACUAGCUAUGAUGUUACGUCACGCGAAUCACACUCAAAGACCGCACCCAACGUCUUCACCUCGAGACACGAGACGAUGGAACCCUACGGACAAGCGGGAAUCUAUGGCAAUGUGACACGUGAUCUGGGAGUAACCGGACCGUGCCAACGCUCUCAACGAAAUGAACACCAACGUACCUUCAAGUUCAACACGAUAUCGACGACCCACGCGAGUACCGCGAAUAUACUGGAAGAGUGCCACUCAAACAGAAUUCAUUUCUGCCACCCGGCAAUAAGCCGAACAAAGGAUGCUGACGAUGCCACCGCCCUUCCGCUUGAGGCAUACCUUAGCUACGUUAUAUACGGGAUCGGCGGUAAAUCAAAUACUAAGCUCGAUCAACGAGCAAUCAGCCAUCCAAUGACUGAAAUAUUUGGCAAGGUAGUCGUUGGUGGGAAGGAGGGAACUGGCUCCCGUCCCGUAGGAGGUUCAGUUUGCAGUGCUCGGAGGAUAGACCAUGAGUUUAUGGGCGAUGGGCGAGGGCCCCCACAUAACUCUUUCCAUCCCCCUAAAUCCUUAGGAAGGAACGCCAACCCUCCCUACCCCCGGGGCGCCUUCCAUGAUAAAGGCUCCUGUCCUGCGGUAGUCGUUGAUCUCCAAUUUUCAGAUAUGCGGGAUUCUCUUAACUUUCGUAAGGCGGCGGGGGGCCCUAUCGAAUCAGGACUGAAGAAGGAAAGCGAAAUAUUCAAGCUGCCAAAGGCGUUCAUUUCCACGAUAGAGUAA